GCCAGUACCAGUCAGACAACCAUCUUACAAGUCCAGCUACUACACCCCCCAACUCUCCAUUGCUUGAACCACUGGACAGGUUGACAUGGAAUUCUGAAUUUGUCCCAGGACAAAAUAAUGUGAACAACAGGAAGUUCAACAAGGAUGUUGCAAGCUCAGCUUUGCCCCUCAGUCUUGCCAAGCAACAACCUCACAUCCCUCGAGUCAAAGGGCUCAAUCCAUCAACCAUCCAGAAGACCAGUAUGAUGGCACACAGCACCCGAACAAAGAUCCCGAGUCCAGUCAGGCAAGAGACCACCAGGGUC